GAUUUCAUCAAUUGAUUUUAAAAUAUGGGAGGAGGAGGAGGAGGUGGAGCAAUACCAGCACCGGCCACCACCGCCAGCAACCACCGCUCACCACCACCACCACCGCCACCACCACCAUGUUCUCAGACUGUUUCACCUUUUUCUUCCAAUUUGUAUACUGAAAAUUCCGAUUUUGUCGAUGAAAGUGAAAGAAAAGCAAAAGGGUCUUUAAGUAAAGCCAUCUUUGGACCUGUACCUUCUCAAACUGAAGUUCAAAACGCCAUUUCUGAUCUUCGAAGGGUGAUGGAUGGAAUUUGUACAAGAAAUUCAGAAAAAAAUGGAGUUGGGAAAAUAAGUUUGGAGCAAUUCCCAUAUGAUUCUUCAAGAACCCUAAUGAGAUCUUUGGGAGAAAAGAGACUUCUUGAUGCUUACCAUCUGCUGCAAACUGAUGCUUCAGUCCAGAGAUUGGUGGCAUCAUUAUCAUCCGAUACGGAGGUGUGGGAUGCGAUCCUAAGGAACAAUGCAGUUCAAGAUCUUCAAGGCUUGUUGCCAAAUACAGGAACCAAAGAGAGAGCCACGAGCAACGACGAGGAACUCGACUCGACAACCGUUAUCGUUAAGUGGAUUUUUGCGUUCAUGAGAUUAAAAUUCAUGGAGUUCAUCGAGAAAUUGGAGGUUUUCGUCAUUGGAGCAGUACAAUCUAUGUCAAAAAAUGGGAAUUCCACAUCAAAAGUUGAUGAUAUGUUGGAAGAGAAAGUACGAUCUUCGCUACUUCUCUCCGUAGUCGUACUCUUGGUAGUCGUCAUCACAAGGAGCAUGGAGACAUGAUCGAUCUCCGUUUUUAAUCAAAAGUCGGAAUAAAAAAUUCCAAUAUGGAGUUUAGAAUGACUUUGUUCGAUUAGAAGUUACGUUAGUUUCUAGUUGGUCGACUUUUGUUUCUCUCGUUUUCGUAUAUCAGAACGUGUGCUGAAUGAGUUGAAAAUAAAACGAGUGUAUACAGUAUAGUCAGAGACAGAUCCAGAUUUUUUUUCCA